CCUUUGCUGCGAGCUUGAUAUCUUCAAGCUCCUCGCGAGUGAUCCACUCAGGAACUUCAAACAAGAACUUGGGAUGUGGAAGCGGAUCCCUGAUGGGACGUGGAAGCCGGGGCUUGAGACUCUGAGCACGCAUAAUGUCGGGAAUAUCAAGCAAGGAAACCUUUGGAGACGCAGCACGCAUAAACUUGGGAAGAUCAAGCCAGGGAGCGUUUGGAAACUGUCCUACUCCAGGAGGAGGAGGAUGAAGCUCAAUAUAUCAGAGAUAUUCAAUUAUAUCUUCUUAAUGGUGACUGAGAUAUGA